AUUUGCUAGAAUCCGGUAGGUACUUUUCGUCCCGCCUGCCAUUUUCCCGUUCUGCUUUUCCAAGUUUCCCCCCUUUGCGGUGACGGAUUUUGUGGUAAUCGCGUACCUGCGCCCUCCGUCGGCUCUGACGUCGUUGCUAAGUCCCAAGUCAGCCACACAGGCACCAACAAAUCCUCUUGUUGGUCCCCUCUUUUUAAUUUUCUCCUGCCCAUCCCCUCCUGCAACUCCCCUCUUGUUACAACAUCCUCAACAUCAUUUAAAUUUCCAGAGCGACAUUUUUCGCUCCAUCACUUUUUUUUGCAUCUUUGUUUUCCCCCGUUAGCCUACUAACGGUCAUUCCGUCGCAGUCUCGACGAAAUAUUACUUCCGCUCAAUAGACGAUACUGCCGGCAGAAGAAACUCACCAACUCUUCCUUAGUCUUCGGACGUGACUGACAACAUCCUAUCAUCAUGCCGUCCCUCAAGGACGCCGUGGUCAAAGUUCGGCACGCGUCGAUUGACUGGAAACAUCGAACGCUCCUGGCAAGUAUUAAUGGGAGUGUCAAAUCAUCGAGUGCCUCGGAGUCCUCCAGCGAGGGUCCUCUUAAUGAGCUGGGCGAGCCCAUGAGCAAGCACCAGCGUCGCAAAAACUCCAGAAAAGAAGACCAAGACACUCGCAGGCGUCUAAACGAAAAACGCAACCAGGAGCUGGAGGAGAAGAAGAGACUGGAGGAUGAGCUGGCCGCAAGAGAGGAGCCACCAGAGCUGCAUGCACGUUAUGGCGCGCUCACCAUUAACCAGUCCCAGUCCUGGAACCACGAGCAGCGUUUUCAUCUCUCCGAGUUGACAGAAGCGCAUCUGGGGCAGGAGAUCACCUUCCGCGCCCGAAUUCAUGCUGUUCGUCGGAUGAGCUCCCGCCUGGUCUUUCUAGUCUUCCGUCAGCAAAUCCAUACCAUUCAGGGUGUUUUACACCAUGAAUUGGGCGUGGUAACAACACAUAUGGUGCACUGGGCAGAGCACCUUCCGGCUGAGGCCGUCGUGCUGGUUACUGGAAAGGUCCAGAAGCCCAAGGAAGAGGUCACUGGUACCUCUCUUCAUACGCUUGAGCUCGCCGUCCGCGAUCUUCACUUGAUUUCGAACAUUUCCGAGGCGCCGCCAUUUGACGUUUAUGAAGUUGACAUCUCGCAAAAGUUUGCGCGCCACGGCGACACCAGCAAGAGCCAUCUCUCGGACCGGACUCGUCUCUCCCAUCGAAUCGUCGAUCUUCGUACCGCUGUUUCACAAUCCAUUUUCCGCGUUCAAUCCGGCAUCUGCAAUCUAUUCCGCUCGUACCUUGAUACUCAGGACUUUAUUGAGAUCCACACCCCCAAACUCCAGGGCGGUGCCACCGAAUCUGGCGCCAGUGUCUUCAAAGUGGAAUAUUUUGGCCGACCCGCUUUUCUCGCUCAAAGCCCCCAACUGGCCAAACAAAUGUGUGUUGCUGCCGAUUUCGAGCGCGUCUAUGAGAUUGGUGCAGUAUUCCGCGCCGAAAACAGCAAUACGCACCGUCACAUGACCGAAUACACCGGUCUGGACUUGGAAAUGGCCAUUGAAGAGCACUAUCACGAAGCCUUGACCGUCAUCGACGCCACCUUUAAGCACAUCUUCAAGGGAUUGUACGAGCGGUAUCGAAAGGAACUGGAUCAAAUCAAGGAGCACUACCCGCACGAGGACCUUGUGUGGUUGGAGAAGACGCCCAUCAUUCAAUUCAAGGAAGGAAUCAAGAUGCUGAAUGAAUCCGGAUGGAAGAAUGAAGAAGGCCAGCCUCUUCCCGAGGACGAGGAUUUGGGAACGCGGGACGAGAUCCGUCUCGGUCAGCUCGUCAAGGAGAAGUAUCUCACCGACUUUUACGUUCUGGACAAGUUCCCCGCUUCCGCCCGCCCGUUCUACACCAUGCCCGAUCCCAACGACGAGCGUUACACCAACUCGUUUGAUAUCUUUAUCCGCGGCCAGGAGGUCCUCUCCGGUGGGCAGCGUAUUCACGACUCCAAGAUGCUCGAGGAGCGCAUGGCCAAGCAGGGCCUUCGGCCGAAUGCCAUGGAGGACUAUUUGUCUGGUUUCCGAUGGGGUGCACCUCCUCACGCUGGUGGUGGCAUUGGUCUUGAGCGAGUGGUGAUGCUGAUCCUUGGACUCGGCGACAUUCGACACGCAUCGCUCUAUCCACGAGAUCCGCGAAGCUUCCCGGUUACCGCCUUGGCGCCCGAACUGCGCCAUCCCGAGGCGAGCACCAUUCACCCGCCGUGGGAGGGUCGGCACCAUCGCGGCGUUGAUGGCGAGCUGCAGCCGUUGGAAAAGCUCAUCGCCAACUAUGGUGACUCGUCCAACACCUCCUGGCUCGACGACCGAUAUCAAGUCUGGCGGCAUGACCUCACCGGUGCGGCCGUCGGAUUUGUACCUUCCGAGGGCUAUGGCAUCAUUGUCGGUGACCCCUUGUGUGACAAGUCUCAGUAUGGCAUGGUGAUUCCGGCGUUUUUGAAGUGGCUCAAGACGGAGCAGCACCUCAAGCCGAUAUGGAUUUUGGCGGGCGAUCAUACCGAAACCACGCUCGGAACGAAGCUGAACUGGCGCACGUUUACAUGCGUGGGCGAGCAGCGAGCCGACCCGAGCAAGGACAUGUCCCACCAUGACUCGGCCGUGGCGCGUAAAGUACGGCACGCCGAGAAAGAGGGCGUCAAGGUUAUCAGUUCCGGGUCGUCUGUACCUGACGACAUCCGACAGCAGUGUGAGCUGCGGAUGAAGGACUGGCAAGCCAACCGACACGGCACGCAGGUCCAUCUCACUGCACUCCACCCCUGGCGCGACUCGGAACACCGUCUCUACUUUUACGCGCAGGAUAAGGAGGGCACCGUGUGCGCGCUUGUUGUCCUCGCUCAGCUCUCGCCCGAGCACGGCUACCAGAUCAAGUAUGCUCUCGAUUUCCCAGGCUCCCCGAGCGGCACCAUUGAGUACAUUACUCUGCGCGCUCUCAAGGCGGCCGGUGAGGCGGGUGCCAAGAGCGUCACGUUUGGCGGAGGUGCCAGCUCACAAUUGACCCCGGGCCACCACCUCAGUGGUCUUCGGAUCAAGGUGCUCUCGCGAUCAUACCACUCGAUUGCCACCCAGCUCAAGUUGACCCAAAAGAGCGAAUUCCGCGAGAAGCUUGGAGCCAAGGAUGAGCCGGUGUAUGUGUGUUACCCUGAGCACGGCCUCGGACCCAAGGCGGUCCAGGCUCUGAUGAAUUUUUUUGAGGCCGACGAGAGUUAGAUGGGGACCGUCGGGUGCGAAGUAGAUUCUAAAAAGCAGCCUUCAGGACACUCUCAACGUGUCAUGGUCACGCGCAUUUUGUGAAGCUCGGCGUGGCCGCCACUACCUGCUGCCAUCGGGGAGGUGCAUAUCCAUACUACCCUUUUCCCGAGUGACGGUUGGUGGCGGCGACAAGUGUCCCGUUUUAAUUCGAAAAAGUCGCGUCAUGGCAUCUCCCCCAUUUUUUUUUUUUUUUUUUUUUUUUUUCUUUU